AUGGAUAAUAGCAGCAAUAGUGAGGUUAAGAAAGACAAAAAAAGAAAAAGAAGUAGAUCAUAAAAAAACGAAAAAAAAAAAUAAAAAAGUAAGAAAUCUAAAGAAAGAAAGUCAAAAGAAAGAAAAAAGCUAGAGAAAAAAUCAGAUAAGAAGUAAAUAAAAGAAAAAGAAGUGAAAAUUGAGAUCUAAAAAAAGGUUGAAGAGAGUGAAACAAAAGAAGUAUAAAAAUUAUAAUAGAUUUUAGUAACGAACUACAAGAUUAAAAUAAGAGAGAAGAAAAAGAUCUAGAUCUAAUUCAGCUGUUAAGCAUUAUUAAAAAUAAAUUAUAGCUAACAAUCCAGUUUCUAAAUCUAGUAAUUAUUUAUUUAAAAUUCAAUUAUAGAUGCCUUAGGUUAUGAUAAAUAAGAUCGAUUUUGGGAUGGUUUCACUUGGGUACCUAAAACAAAUUUACAUGACAAAGUUAGAGAAGAUAAGGAUAAGGUAAUGUCAUUGACUAGUAGAAUGAGAAGAAUUUAAAUUUGUAAUAUCCCUACAGGCUUAACUAAUCGAGAUCUUUAUGCUGAAUUAAGUAGAUUUAUGAAUAGAAAUUAUCUAAAUGAUGUUGGAAAUGCUAAGCCAAUAUUAUAUUGUCAUUUGAAUGAGAAAGAUAGAACAUGCACAAUAGAAUUAUCAUCUGUUGAAGAAGCUAAUAGGAUGUUAAAAUUAGAGGAUAUUAAGUUAUUAGAAGAAUCUUGUAAGAUCUUUCGUCUUGGUGAUAGCUUAUAUGGUAUAAAAUCAUAUUAUAAUUUAGGUCAAUCUGUGAAUCAAUCAUAAUUAGUCUAGUAAGCUCAUAAUAUGGCCUAAGCAUAAGCUGCUGCUUAUCUAGCAUUAAAAUCACUUGGAUAUGCCAGAGGAUAGAGGGAAGAAGAUGAAAUUCUGGCUUAGACAGGUAUCCCAUCCAGGAUUAUAAAGGUUGGAAAUUUCUUAAAUGUUGCUAUGGCAAUAAAUUUAAAUAGAAAUGAAUGGAAUGAAAUGAGAGAGGAUUUACUAGAAGGAUUUUCAUAAUGCAAUUAAAUUGAAGAUGACUUUUUUGUUAAACCAUUUUAAGCUGGUUUAGGAGGUAUUUAUGUUAUUUAUAAUUUUUAGCUGAGGCAGGUUCUCUAUUUCUUGUGUAUCCAACUAUUGAGUAUGCACAACGUAUAGUAAUAUCAAUGUAUGGUAGAACUUAUAAUUAGAGGGCUCUAAAGAUAAUAUUCAUUAAUGAAUAAACUUAUAUAAGAAGUUAUAUUCCAUUAAAAUUGAAAUAGCAACCAGAAACAGAUGAAAUGAUAAAAAGAGAAUAAGAUAAAUACGAUGAUGAAGAUUUUGAAGAAGAAGAAGAAUAUUUAGAUAAGAUGGAUAAUGGAUAUAUAGUAGAAAAUAAUAAUAAUAAUACUACUAAUAAUAAUAAUAAUAAUAAUAAUAAUAAUAAUAAUAAUAAUAAUAAUAAUAAUAAUAAUAAAAGUUGA